AGGAGGAGUGGUUUUCUUGGCAAGUUUCAAGGGUAGAGCCAAGAGGAUUGCGCAUGACUUUUUCCUGUCCUCCAAACUUCAGUGACCCGAGGGUCACUGGAGGCUCAUUAGGGACCCCACUUGAAAGUACCUGUCAUCCCAGCCUCCUGCCCCAGACCCAAGAAUGACUUUGGGGUUCCCUGAGACUGCUGUUUCAAGAGAGAGUGAAUGGAGGGGGGCGGGGUCCCCCUCCCUCCUGCAGACACAUGUCCCACCUCCCCGUUUGUCCUCACACACUGGCGCGCCGAGAAAGGCGGCUGCACACAGUCCCAGGGAAGCGGGAGCGGGUGGGCGCUCCGAUCCAGGGGUGGGGAGUUGACUCACCGGCUGCUCUCGCCCGCAGCCUCCGGGGGCUGCGAUGGGACGGGAGCCAUGAAUGGUGCCGCCCCGGUCCCGGUCCCGGUGCCGGUCCCGGACUGGCGGCAGUUCUGCGAGCUGCACGCGCAGGCGGCCGCCGUGGACUUCGCGCACAAGUUCUGCCGCUUCCUGCGGGACAACCCAGCCUACGACACGCCCGACGCCGGCGCCUCCUUCUCCCGCCACUUCGCCGCCAACUUCCUGGACGUGUUCAGCGAGGAGGUGCGCCGCGUGCUGGUGGCCGGGCCGGCGCCGCCGCGAGGGGCGGCUGAGCCCGCGGACGCCAUGGAGCCCGGGCCCGCGGGGCCCCCGGCACUCAAGGCCGCGCCCUACGGCCACUCGCGGAGCUCGGAGGACGUGUCGGCGACCGCGGCGGCCAAGGCCCGCGUCCGCAAGGGCUUCUCGCUGCGCAACAUGAGCCUGUGCGUGGUGGACGGCGUGCGCGACAUGUGGCACCGGCGCGCCUCCCCCGAGCCCGACGCCGCCCCGCGCGCCGCCGAGCCCCCGGCCGAGCCGCGCGACAAGUGGAUGCGGCGCCUGCGGCUGUCGCGGACGCUGGCAGCCAAGGUGGAGCUGGUGGACAUCCAGCGCGAGGGCGCGCUGCGCUUCAUGGUGGCCGACGACGCGGCCUCGGGCCCCGGGGGCGCCGCCCAGUGGCAGAAGUGUCGCCUGCUCCUGCGCAGGGCGGUGGCGGGCGAGCGCUUCCGCCUGGAGUUCUUCGUGCCGCCCAAGGCCUCCAGGCCCAAAGUCAGCAUCCCCCUGUCGGCCAUCAUUGAGGUCCGUACCACCAUGCCCCUGGAGAUGCCGGAGAAGGACAACACAUUCGUGCUCAAGGUGGAGAAUGGAGCAGAGUACAUCCUGGAGACCAUCGACUCCCUGCAGAAGCACUCAUGGGUGGCUGACAUCCAGGGCUGCGCAGACCCCGGGGACAGCGAGGAAGACGCGGAGCCGUCCUGUGCCCGGGGAGGCUGUCUGGCCAGCCGCGUGGCCUCCUGCAGCUGUGAGCUCCUGACGGAGGCAGUGGACCUGCCCCGGCCCCCAGAGACAACGGCAGCCGUGGUGACAGCCCCACACAGCCGCGCUCGAGAGGCCGUUGGCGAAUCCCUGGUCCACGUCCCGCUGGAGACCUUCCUGGAGACCCUGGAGUUCCCAGGCGGCAGCGGCAGCAACGACACAGCAGAGGAGGCAGCAGAGCCAGAGGCCCAGGCUGAGGCUGAGCUGGAGCUCUCCGACUACCCCUGGUUCCACGGGACGCUGUCGCGGGUCAAGGCGGCUCAGCUGGUGCUGGCGGGCGGGCCCCGGAACCAUGGCCUCUUCGUGAUCCGCCAGAGUGAGACCCGGCCCGGGGAGUAUGUGCUGACCUUCAACUUCCAGGGCAAGGCCAAGCACCUGCGCCUGUCCUUGAACGGCCACGGGCAGUGCCACGUGCAGCACCUGUGGUUCCAGUCUGUGCUCGACAUGCUCCGCCACUUCCACACCCACCCCAUCCCGCUGGAGUCCGGGGGCUCUGCCGACAUCACCCUACGCAGUUAUGUGCGGGCCCAGGGCCCCCCACCCGGUCACCCGUUCCUGGGGCGCUGGCCCCUGCCUGCACACUGCUGGGGGGUGGGGGCGGCCCUGACGCCCGUGGUCUCCCUUUGCAGACCCGGGACCCUCGCCCAGUGCCGCGCCCCCGCCGCCCGCCUGCUGGAGCGAGCCGGCCGGCCAGCACUACUUCUCCAGCCUCGCCGCGGCUGCCUGCCCCCCCGCCUCGCCCUCGGAGGCCGGCGGCGCCUCGUCCUCGUCCGCCUCGUCGUCUUCGGCCGCGUCGGUGCCCGGCGCCCCUCGCCCCCCCGCCGAGGGCCCGCUGAGCGCCCGCAGCCGCAGCAACAGCGCCGAGCGCCUGCUGGAGGCGGCGGGCGGGGGAGCUGA